AUGCCCACACAACAAUCGACAGAUUCAUUGGAUGAACCAGAAAGUGUAUCAAAACAACCACAACAUCAACAUGAUACAUCUCAAAUUAACCACAACAAAGAAGAAACAGGAAAAGAAUCUGGGAAACUUGAUAAUUUUAAACAAUAUAUAUUGAAGACAAUCAAAAAGAUACCGACCCCAAAAUUGAUAUGGAUAAUUAGUCCUAUUGCUAUUGUCAUUUAUUCUACAAUAUUUAAUAUUACUAGUGAAAUAUUAUAUUCAAAAUUCACUUAUAAUUCAUAUGGUACUAGUUUCUAUAAAAUUGUUGUAUUAUUUUUAGAUGUUUUCAUAUUUUUAAUUAUUAUUUAUGAACAAAUUUAUUUCACCAAUAAUAUUAAUCAUUUCACUAAUAAUCAUAAUAAUAGUAAUAAUAAGAAUAAGAAUAAUAAGAAUAACAAGAAUAAGAAUAAUAAGAAUAAAUGGUCAAAAUAUAUUUAUAUUAUAAUUUGUAAAAUUUUGAAAAAAAUUUUAUGGUUAAUUUUAUUAAUAGCUUGUAUUUUCCAAGUUAUUGUAAUAUCUACUGGGAAAUUAAAUAAUCCAUUAAAUAUUGAAAAUGAUGAUUAUAAUUAUAAUCAUAAUCAUAAUGAUAAUUAUAAUCAUAAUUAUAAUUAUGGUAAAAAUUUUGAAAUUACUCCUAAAGAAAAAACUAUUUAUUUUAUAAUAAAUCUUUUCAGUUUAAUAUUUAAUGGAGCAGUAUUAACUAUUUGGUGGUCAACUAAUAUAUCAUCAGUUCAAACUUUAUUUGGACUUAUUAAUUUAAUGAAUAUUUUAAUUGGAAUUAGUAUAUCUCAAAUAAAUAUUGUUCAUAUUCAUAAUUCUUAUGGAAUAAAUAGAAGAUUACAUAAUUGGUUUAUAUUAAUGGGAUCAUUUAUGACUGGUCAAUCAACUAUUGGAUUAAUUAUUACUUUAUUAAUUAAUGAAAAAAAUCGAUUGAAAGAUUUCAUUGGUAAAUUGAUUUUUUUUUAUGAUAUUUAUGUUGCCACUAUUUUUGGUUUACUUUUGGGUUGUACUAUUGUUAGUGGGAUUUAUUUUAAUAAUGAUACCCUGUUCCCUAUUAGUAUUUUCAUAUUAUAUCUUUGUUCCAUUAUUAUUUCGGUUGUGUCUUUCUUAUGUACAAGAUAUUUCCGUUUACGUGGUGGUGGAUUUACUAAUGAAUAUCAAGUGGAAGAAUAUAAUUUACUUUCAUUAACGGUUCAUCAAAAACAAGGAUGGGGGAAACUUAUAGAUAUUAAUCAUAAAUAUAAUGGAGGAAUUUCUGGUGAUUAUGUCAUUUCAUUAAUGGAAAAUUAUGUGAAUGCCAAAUUAUCAGGAAUGUCAUGUAAAGUGUUACGAGUAUUCAAAAAGAAUGAAACAACAACAACAACAAUAACAACCACAACCUCUAAACUGCUUCAAAAACUAAAGCAUCAAAACAAAAAGAAUUUAAAUACUGCAUUUGAAGAAUUAGAUCCUGAAUCUUUAUUAUUCCAAGAAUUACCAACUUCACAAAGUUAUGAAUCACCAGAAGUUAAACAUUUACAAGAAGAAUAUCGACCAUUAUCGAAAAAUCAAUUGAAACGAUUAACUAAAAAAAAUCAAAAAGAUAAAAAAUUAUUACAAUUAAAAUCUUUAGAAAAUAAUACUGAAAUUUUUUAUCAAGAAUUAAUGAAUACUGAAGCAUUAAUAUUACUUACUAUUAUUGAAGAAUUUGAUUUAAGUGAAAGAAUCCCAGGUUGGAUUGGUAAAAAAUUGAAUAAAUGGUUUGGGAAAAAUUCGAAAUAUCCUUUUUUAAGUAUUCGAUUUGGAUUAUUAGGAUUUCAUUGGCCAUUUAAACGAUCAACUUUUUAUUGUAGUGCCACCAAAAAACCCGUAGCUCGUGGUGCUGCUGUUCUAUAUGCCAUAUCUCAAUGGAAUUCUCAACAUGAAAAAUUAACCGUAUUAUUAGAUCCAACUUAUAAAGAUGUUAAUUUUGAAGCAGGGAUAACUUCUAGUGGUUGGUAUAAGAUUAAAUUACCUAAUUCUCAUAUUAUUGAUUUAAGACCAUUUCAAAAAAUUCAAACUAGUAUUGAUGAUUAUUUCAAAGCUAUAAAAUAUAGAAGUCAAGAUAAUUCAUUUAAACAAGCUAAUGGACAAAUAAUUGAAACUAAUAUAUUUAAUUAUGAAAAUUGUCAAGAAAUCAUUAAUAUGAAUCAAAAUAUUUCUCAAAAUAGACAACUUUCAGGACAAUCACAACAAUUAUUACAACCAAAUUGGCAAUUCAUUUAUAAUUUAGGAAAUUAUUCUAAUGAAAAAAAAUAUCGUUCAUUAUUGUUUUUAAAAGUUGAUAAUGAAAUUAUUGCUUCAUGUGUUAUAUUUCGUUUAGGUGAUACUAUGACUUCAGAUAUUCAAGGAUUAAAUCAUGUUAUAAGUAAAAAAUAUAAAGCAUAUUUUGUUAUGAUGCAAGAAGUAAUUAAAAUUGGAUUAAGAGAAGGAGUUAAAUUUAUUGAUUUUGGUCCAACUACUGAAGAAGCUAAAGUUACUAUUGGUUGUAAUGUUGUACCAUUAUGUGGAUCAAUUUAUCCUAAAAAUAAAUUCUUAGGACCAAUCAUAAAAUUUGCUGCUAGUAAAGUUGAUGUGUGA